AUGGUUUUCUCUUUAAAAAACGUAUCAUAUCAAGAACGCCUCUUGGAACUCAACUUGCCAACACUGGAACAGAGGAGAAUGAGAGGAGACCUCAUAGAAACCUAUAAAAUACUCAACCACCAUUACAACGUGAGAGAUAUUGAAUCUAUGUUCACAAUGAACCCGAACACGCAACUAAGGGGUCAUUCUAUGAAGCUCAGCAAGCACCUGUGUACUAGUAAUCCCAGAAAAUAUUUUUUGCCUAACCGAGUAGUGCAUAUGUGGAACUCUUUGCCGGAAACUGUGAUAGGUGCCAAGAGUAUUAACAUUUUUAAAAAUAGACUUGAUAAACAUUUAAAUGCACAAGUGUAA